GACGUGACGGUGUUUAUUUUUACCAUGAGCUAGCGUGAGAAAGUGGCAAAUUGAGAAUGUUGUUGGACAGAUUAAAACUUGGUGCACAAUGCGUGUAUCAUGUAAAAGAUUGGCAAAAGUUAUUUCAUUAUGUCUGAUUCUUACGGGUACUUUUUGUAUGCUUCUUAAUAAUAUAAAUAAUUAUGAAGAACAAAAUAAUGAGCAAGAAAAACAUUUCAGACAAAUGUCGCAAAGUGUUGAAAAAGUUUUAGAUGUUACAAACUCUUACAAAUUAAAGGAUGACGUGAUUGUUCGAUUGCAACGAAGUGCAAAAGGGCUCACACCUGUACAGGGUUAUGUGAAUAAAUUCCAGGUUGCAAAGCUUGCUGUCACAUCUCUGGAAGAUAUUUUUAUAAGUGUCAAAACUACUGCUAAAUAUCACAAAUCCCGUUUACAUUUGCUGCUUGAUACAUGGAUCAGCACUGCUAAAAAACAGACAUUUAUUUUCACUGAUGCAGAUGAUGCAGAAUUGAAAGAAAAAAUAGAAGCCAACCAUGUGAUCAAUACCAACUGCUCAGGGGACCAUAAUAGGAAGUCGCUGGUGUGCAAAAUGUCUCAAGAGUUUGACUGGUUCAUAAACUCGCGGAAGCGGUGGUUUUGUCAUGUAGAUGAUGAUACAUAUAUCAAUAUACCCAGACUGGUUAGUCUGUUACAGCAGUAUAAUCAUACUGAUGACUGGUACCUUGGUAAACCCAGUCUAAGCCAUCCAAUAGAGGUGAUGGACAGGAGUCAUCCAGGGCAAAAUGUGGCAUUUUGGUUCGCUACAGGAGGUGCAGGCUUCUGUAUAAGUCGUGCAUUAGCACUAAAGAUGGUUCCAUAUGCAGGUGGUGGGCGGAUGAAGAGGGCUGGGGAUCGGAUUCGACUUCCAGAUGAUUGUACAAUAGGAUUUAUUAUAAAUAGUAUUUUACGUAAAGACUUGACUGUGAUAAAAUUAUUCCAUUCACACCUUGAAGGACUCCGAAGAAUUGGUGUUCCUCAGAUCAAAGAUCAAAUAACAUUUAGCUAUGCUUUAAAACCAGGCAGAGAAAAUGUUGUAAAUAUACAUGGCUUUGAUACACAGAAAGACCCAACAAGAUUUUUAUCCAUCCACUGUCACAUACACCCGCUAAGUCAACUUUGUUUACCUCUCAACAGUUGACAGUGAUUUCAGCAGUCCAGUAUAUCAGAUUGUUUUUCUUCUAUAAAAGUUAUUUUUCUUCACCAGAGUAUUUCUAGUUUUACCUAUUAGCAGCAGAAUGUGACUUCUGAUAAUAUGUUUAUUAUGUUAAUUUAGUAUUUUUCACAACAGCUGCCAAGUGUAACAUAUGUAUUACACAUUAUGUUCAGCACAUCGAAAAAAAAUUUACUUCAUAUAUAAUGAAAGGACAUGGUUACUCCCAGAGUAACUCGAUGUUAUCCUAGCAGAAUUUUGUUAAUUUCUUUGGAAAUCGGAUAAACUGUUACUGCAUAAAAAAUGUAUUUUACCUGCUUUUAAUAAUGUCAAGGCCAUGUUUGACUGUUCAUUUGGGGAUGGGAUCAUCUGAGGAAUGAGAGGGGAGCUGUUGAAGGAGUGGGGGGAGGGGGUUAGUUUAGUGGCAUACAGCAUUUACCACAGACAUAGAUAUAGAAAUUUAUACAGCAUUAGCUAGCUGGUAGAAAAUAUUACACUUGUGUUCUUGUCUUUACUUUUUUUUCUACAUUUUCUUUUUCAUUUUCUUAUUUUUGAACAAUGGUUGUGUUUGUAUAUUAUAUACAAAGAGAUCGGGAAAGUGCCUCGGCCUGCGACAUAGUCACAUUAAAAUGUUUUCAGUCGCAUAAUUUAUAUGUAUAUUUUGGUGUUAUAUAAUGUUACAAUGGUACAGGAACAUGGCUUUUUGUUGUUCUAAUAUUAUGUGUUCAACAAAUGAAGACGAAAAGUAUAGUUAAACAUUAAAGGUUGUGAUGUGAUAUUGUUUUACUAACAUACUUUUCUUCAAGAGGAUGAAUAUUUCUUUGAAUUUUUAUUACACAACUCUUGUUUUAGGUGUUCAGGUGCAAAAUAAUAUAUAUAUUUUUUUUUGCUAGUACAAAAAGUACAAACGUUGUGCAAUGCUUUAUUCUGACCUUUUCAAACCUUAAAAUUAUUUUCUUUUUAAUAAUAUAUUGUUGAAUUUGGAUUUUAUCAUGAAUACAAAGUACAGGAUAAGUUGAUGUAUACAACUUAUUUACGCUGUAGGUAAUGUUUGGACUCUAGAUUUUAUUGUGUGUUCAAUCCUUUUAAAUUUUACAUUUCUGAUCAUGUUGAAUACAUUGCACUUUAAUGUGUACUUUAAUGAUAAAGUUGAAAAAACAUCUAUAUUUUUUGCAAACACAUCUUGUUAGUACAUAUAUUUUGAUCACUGGUAUUUUUAGUUAAGGGAGAGUUAAUGGGGACCUUCUUCAUGUUUCUGAAAUAAGACAUCAUAUUUAGGGUGCCAGAGAUUUUUGCCCCACAAGUAAUGCUGGAAAUACCUUACAUGUAUUUUUUUAACAUUGUCAGUGAGUAUUUACUAAGUGGAAAGAAACCGUGGCUGGUGUAAUGUCAUACAUGUAGUCUUACAUAAGGUUGUAUAAAGUUUUAUGAGGAAAAAAAAAGGUGAUAUUUGAUUUCAUGUUAUAGGUCAUGUCCUGACAGAUACGUUUGCAACUUCUAUUCUAUUCUUUAUUUUACUGCCUAUUUUACUGCUUGUUUUCUUCAAUAAAAUGUUGUGACCUUUCGUUUGAAGAGAAUAUAAUCACAUAUUGCAGUUCAAUUAUUUAAUACAUUUCAAAAAAAAAAAAAACUCAUUUCAAAUCAAUUGUUUACAUUUUUAGUUUUUAAAUUAAUUUUAUUUCAUUUUGUUUGUAAAAAGUGUCAGGUUUAAAAAAAGAUUUUAAUGCUAAAUGUUCAUUUGAACAAAAUCAAGAAAAGAAUUAAAGAUAUUAUAUUCACUAUAUAUUUGAUUAAACAAGUCUGUAUAAAGUAUUCAUUUUACAACAUUUUAUUUACCUAGUGUUCGUUUUUAAUACAAGAAAGUUCUUUCACUUUUCGCUUUCAAAACUUACGUUUUUUAUUACGAUUUACAUACAAAUUUAAUUAUGAAUAAUAUUGGUGUUAAGUGCACUAUUACACAUACUCUUUUGUGUUCACUUCUACUGUAUAUAAAAUUUGUCUUUCUAUGCUAUGCGGCCAUUUCACUUUACACUAUGUCUAUUUCUCUAGAUGGUAUGUCAAUGUCUAUUUCUCUAUAUAAAGUGGGUAUUUCUUUAUACUUUAUAUCUAUUUCUCGAAGUGGUGCGUCUAUUUCACUAGAUGGUAUGUCAAUGUCUAUUUCUCUAUAUAAAGUGGGUAUUUCUUUAUAUACUUUAUAUCUAUUUCUCUAAGUGGUGUGUCUAUUUCACUAGAUGGUAUGUCAAUGUCUAUUUCUCUAUAUAAAGUGGGUAUUUCUUUAUACUUUAUAUCUAUUUCUCUAAGUGGUGCGUCUAUUUCACUAGAUGGUAUGUCAAUGUCUAUUUCUCUAUAUAAAGUGGGUAUUUCUUUAUAUACUUUAUAUCUAUUUCUCUAAGUGGUGUGUCUAUUUCACUAGAUGGUAUGUCAAUGUCUAUUUCUCUAUAUAAAGUGGGUAUUUCUUUAUACUUUAUAUCUAUUUCUCUAAGUGGUGUGUCUAUUUCACUAGAUGGUAUGUCAAUGUCUAUUUCUCUAUAUAAAGUGGGUAUUUCUUUAUACUUUAUAUCUAUUUCUCUAAGUGGUGAGUCUAUUUCUUUAUACAAUGCGGCUGUUACUACAUGUAUAUACAACAUAAUAAGGUGGUAUAUUUGUUUCUUUAUACAAUGUGGGUGUUUCUUUUAAUAUUAUAUCUAUUACUGUAUUCAAAGCGGCUAUUAGUCUAAACAAUGCGGCUAUUUCUCUACAUUGUGUCUAUUUUUCUAUAAAAUGUGUCAGUUUCUUUAAACAAUGUGUCUUUUCUCUAUGCGGUAUAUCUGUUUCUCUAUACAAUGGGGCUAUUUUUCUAUACAAUGCGGCUAUUUCUCUUCACAAUGUGUCUAUUUUUAUAUACAAUGCGGCUAUUUCUCUACACAAUGCGGCUAUUUUUCUAUACAAUGCAGCUAUUUCUCUAUACAAUACUUUUAUAUUUCUUUAUUUUAUAUACUACUUUUAUGUAUUUCAAUUUUAUAAGAAUUUGGGACCACUACUGGGAUCAAUUAAUACCACUACAUGUAUGUUGUAUCUCUUUGUUUUAAGAUAAUCAUUAUUAAUAAGAUACUUAGAAAUAAAUGUACAUGUACCAGGUCGGCUAUUUUAUGGAUUUUCCAGGUUUUAUUUGCCACAUUGCAAAUGUCUAGAAUUGUUUAGUAGUAUGAAUAAAAGUGUAACAAGUAAUUAGUGAUGAAAAUACAUUUUUGUAUUACUAGAAUUUUAAUUUUCACUGUUUUGUUCACUAUUUCUUUUUAAAAUUAUAUUGGUUGUGCAAAUUAUAAAUAUACAGAUUGAGUUUGUAAGGGAGGUAACGGAGAUAUUUAAUUUAAAAUACACAUGUAUAAGAUUUAUUAUUUGUCAUAUACUCCUUUGUUCAUGAUACUUUAAUAGGGCCUUUAAUUACCUUUAAACUGUUGACUGUGUAUGAUGGAUUUGCCUAGGUUUAGAUUUGAAACUAUGUAUUGAUUAGUAUUUGGAGCUAUUACAAUUAAGUAUUAUUUUAGUACAUUAUACAUUGGACAAAGAACAUUAUGCGCUUAAUUUUACAACAAAUUUUUAUAAUAACUAUGUAUAGCACUUUGAUUUAUUUUAGAGGUGUACAAACAGCUCUGUAGCAUACUUAAAAAGACAGCAGCCAUUAUGGUUGUCAUACUGGUUCUCACAUGUAUUAAUAGUUUCUAGCUUUUAUUAUCCCCCGCCGAAAAGGCAUUUUUGUCCGGAGCAUAUCUCAAAAAGUAUUUGAGGUAUCCACUUGAAACUUCAUAGGUGGAUAGACCUCAUUGAGGAGGAGUGCAGUGCACAAGAAUGAUAACUCUACCCUGCAUAAUUUUUGAGUUAUUGCCCUUUGUCAUUUUUCAAAAUUAAUUUUUGUCCAGAGCAUAACUCAAGAGGUCAAGGUCACUGUUAUUAAAAAUAGAAAUUCAGUUCCCGCCCAAUAACUUGAGUUUGCUUUGACUUAUUGACACCAAACUUGGUGUAUGGAUAGCUUAUAUCAAGAGGCAGCUUGGGAUUGCUACCCAGGUGUCUGUGAUCAAGGUCAAGGUUACUGUAACUAAAAAUAGAAAUUCACUUCCCGCUCAAUAACUUGAGUUUGCUUUGGCCUAUUGACACCACACUUGGUGUAUGGAUAGCUUAUAUCAAGAGGCAGCUUGGGAUUGCUAUCCAGGUGUCUGUGAUCAAGGUCAAGGUCACUGUUACUAAAAAUAGAAAUUCAGUUUCUGCUCAAUAACUUGGGUUUGCUUUGGCCUAUUGACACCAAACUUGAUGUAUGGGUAGCUUAUAUCAAGAGGCAGCUUGGGAUUGCUACCCAGGUGUCUGUGAUUAAGGUUAAUGUAUUCAGUUUUCAUGUUAUAACUUGAGUUUGCUUUGACCUUUUGACACAAAACUUGCUGAGUGGCAGCUUUGGAUUGCCACUUAGAUAUCUGGGAGCAAGGUCAUUUGCUUACAAUAGAAUUUUCAGCUUCUACUCAAUAACUUCAGUGCACUUUGACCUAUUGAUUGCUGUCACAUCAAAACUUGGUUGUUUAAAACCUGGUUUUCGUCGCAUUGCGGCGCUUCUUGUUUUCUAAGUAUAUUCCACCUGAGCUAAAAUAAUGCAUAGCAAUUAAGUACAAAUGCAUGUUUGAUCUCAUGACUAUGUUUGUGUUGCAGUAAAAUACUAUGAUGUAUUAUAAAUAUUUUUGUAUUAUCCAUAAGGUAUUAAAAUAGUGCAUCAGCUUUGAAUGCAUAUUGAUGAGCAUGUAAUGUUUAAAGUGUCAGACUUCUUAUCUGGCAGUGCGGGUUCAAACCCCAUCAGUUGUAACUUGUAAGCUGUUGAACACUCGUUGCUCAGUACUGGUUAGUUCCAAGAAUGUGUUAUAACCUAAUAUCUCCCUACACAAUAAAUAAAUAAUAACUUAAAUAAAUUAUAUUUUGGAAAAGUGUUGACAGAUUUUUAGGUCCUACACAUACAGUUUUACUAUAAAAGAUGGCAUAGACCAGGGGCAGCAAAAUCAAUUGUUAGUUUUGUCCAAGUUGCCCCAGGGCUAGUACAGACAAGUAGAAAUUGUCUAGAAUUUAUGCUAUAAAUGUCAUACAGACAAAUUAAGAAAUGAUUCAGAUAUAUAAAAAAACUGAUAAGUAAGUCAAAAUCAGCUUUUGCUGAACCUGUAAUGUAUUUCCUUUGUUUCAUGAUGGCAACUGUGUUCAUACAUUGAAUUAAAUCACUAAAUGAUUUAACAUCACAUAUUAUUAGGUUUUAAGUUCAAGAUUCUUAACUGAGUUAAGUCCAGUUUUCAUUGUUUUGUGAUUAUUUUUGCCAAUAAUGAAUGUUAAAACAGUGCAAAUGAACUUAACUUGCUAUCAAUAAGAUACACAAUGUAGAUCAUAGAUUUUUUUUUCUUUCAUGAUAUUUUUUUUUCUCACUGAAAUUCUUUUUUAUUGAGCUUGAAUUUCAUCUGCCCUUUUACUUUUAGUCCUGGCUAGCAUAAUUAUUUAAGCUUUUUACUGGUGUAGAAUUUUAUCACAGCUUUGUAUUUAGCUCUGUUAGAUUAUUGUUAAGCAGAAUAAUAGAUUAUUGCUUGUAAUAUAUAAUAUAGACAUGAUGAAAAUAUUAUAUGGCUAGUACUGGUAUUUGAUAUUUCGGUUGUGGAACAAGAAGUUUAUAUUUUAACAAAGUACAAAUGUUGAAAUGGACCAAAUUUUUUGUUAUUUCUUUACAGUGUUCUGAAUUUUAUUAUGAAAUAUUUACAUGUUAUUUCCAUUGUUAAAACAAAAGAGAAUAAAAUUUUACUAUA